AUGACAGCCCUGAGCAAUGAUCAGCGUUUUGUGGUGGUGCUGCUGCUGGCCAUGGCCAGUGGUGCUUGGCUAAUCGCUGGCACCACAGCGCAGACCUUCACAUCCGAGGAUCGCAAUGCCAUACAAAAAUUUAUGGAUGUCUUGUUGAAUUUCCUCGAUGCCGAAACGGAUCCAUCCAAUGCCACCAGCACUGAGAGCCCAACUAAUGCCACCACAACGGAUCCGCUGGAGAGCACCACUUUAGCUGGCAAUUCGACAACAACAGAGUCAACGACAGCGAGCAAUUCGACGAGUGACGGUGACUCAACGAGUGAGAGCACAACUCUAGCAGCCAAUGCAACCACCGAAUCAAUAUCAACCACAACAACAACAGCUAUCAGCAGCAGCACCCAAAUUAGUGCGGCGCCACGUCGCAUAUGCUUCAAGCGUGUCUGCUACAAGUUUGCGGGCGACAGAGGAUAUAUUGUUUAG